AUGAGAGCUGUCCUCCUCCCGAGUGCUGGAGAGCAGCCUGCUGCAUUCUGCUUCCAGGUGAAUGGGUCUUGCCCUAGGACAAUCCACCCUCUGGUCAUCCAGGUGGUCAUCUACCUGGCCUGCACAGUAGGUGUGCUGAUCACAGUCCUGGGGAAUUUGUUUGUGGUGUUUGCCGUGUCUUACUUUAAAGUACUCCAUACUCCCACCAACUUUCUGCUGCUCUCCCUGGCCCUGGCUGACAUGUUGCUGGGUCUGCUGGUACUUCCCCUGAGCACGGUCCGCUCGGUGGAGAGCUGUUGGUUCUUUGGGGACUUCCUCUGCCGUCUGCAUACGUACCUGGACACGCUGUUCUGCCUCACCUCCAUCUUCCAUCUCUGUUUUAUUUCCAUCGAUCGUCAUUGUGCCAUCUGUGACCCCCUGCUCUAUCCCUCCAAGUUCACGGUCAGGAUAGCCUUCCGGUACAUUGUGGCAGGGUGGGGGAUACCAGCCGCCUACACUGCCUUCUUUCUCUACACAGAUGUGGUGGAGAGAGGGCUCCGCCAGUGGCUAGAAGAGAUGCCCUGUGUGGGCAGCUGUCAGCUGCUGUUCAAUAAGUUCUGGGGCUGGUUAAACUUCCCUGCAUUCUUUGUUCCCUGCCUCAUCAUGAUCAGUUUGUAUGUGAAGAUCUUUGUUGUUGCUACUAGGCAGGCACAGCAGAUCAGCGCCCUCAGCCAAAGCUUGGCUGGGGCCGCCAAGAGAGAGAGAAAAGCCGCUAAGACGCUGGGCAUUGCUGUGGGCAUCUACCUUGUGUGCUGGCUCCCCUUCACCGUUGACACACUAGUUGACAGUCUCCUUAACUUUAUCACCCCACCCCUGGUCUUCGAUAUCUUUAUCUGGUUUGCUUAUUUCAAUUCAGCCUGUAACCCCAUCAUUUACGUCUUCUCCUACCGGUGGUUUAGGAAGGCACUGAAACUCCUCCUGAGCCGGGAGAUCCUCUCACCACGGACGCCGACGAUUGAUUUGUUUCGUGACUGACUCAAGCAGGAGGAAGGAAGGUAGCAUUGCCAUAGGCUAUGGUGUUUCCCUAGUUUGUAGGCAGCCUCCAGGGCUUAAAUGGAGAAGAAAAGCGUGUUACUUAGUCAGCAAAGAAGUAAAACACCUUUCUCACCGAGUAUUCUCAUGGAAGAAUGUAGGGAAAGGGCUGAGUAAAGUCAUCUGAAUACACGGAAGGUAAGCAAGAAUCCUGGGAAAUGUCCUGCCCCGAUAUCGUUGCUUCCUAGCAACUAAGAAACAGAGGCUGAAGUUGCCUGGGGUUUGCUUUCUAAGUUCCUCCCUGCGUAUGCUAUGUGCACGGGUCAUAACUCUGACUCUUCCCUUUGCCACACUAUUUCCUCUCUAAAACGGCAUGAAAACAAGACAGCGUCUAGUCUUACUCUGGGAAACUAUGCUUGAGUCAUACUUUUAUGCCAUACUCAACAAUCGGAGUACAACACUUAGAAUGUGUCUUUCUUUAAAUGUUCAUGUUAGAAUCCUCAUCUCCUUAG